UCGACGUCAACUGGAAGAGCGUCCUGCCCCAAAAAGGUACGACGCAGUGCUUGCUACUACACAACAAACCGCGUCGCGGUUGAUGACAAAUUCGUUCCGUGUAAGAAGUGAAUUUUCAACUGUCCACCUUUAGGCGGUGUCCACGUCUAUGCGACUUUACCCUAGUUGGCCGAUGGACUAAACCAGCAGUUGGAGUAUGUUUCAAGCUUGUCAACAUGCAUCAUCUGUCAUUGCACAGUCAUCGUUUAUCAUGUGCUGACGUUAUGCAAAGACCCAUCUAGGCCUUGAACAUCGUUAAUUCUUGAGCUCGAGCUCGUCGUAUACUACUGGUUGCUAACGCUGACAGUUGAUGGCAGCUGGCUACUCCACUGACGAGCCUCUGGAUCUACUCCAAGGUGAUCAUGACACGAGAAUAAGACUAGAGAAUGGAGUAACAGUCGAUGGAAGAGAUGAAUACCGCACGCUAGCUGCUCGUUUGAACUCGUACCGUCGGUGGCCCACGUGGGCAGGACAGCCUUUUCAAACUUUGGCAGAAGAAGGUUUCUACUACACAGGGAUUAGAGAUGAAGUGAAGUGCUUUACUUGUGACGUUCUUAUAAGACUCUGGAGUCCAGAGGAUAACGUGAGAGAACGCCACAAGCACUAUUCUCCACAAUGUCUUUUUCUCAGAAUCCUAGAUGGUCAUACUACAGAGAGUAGGUCACCAGAACCUGUUGUAAGUUUAUUCACCUCUCCAUCCAGGCAGCAAGCUCAAAGUGCUACAUCACCGAGUUUGAUGCAUAUGGAGAUAAGACGUCUAGAGACGUUUCACUCUUUUCCACAGACUUGCCCUGUUAGGCCUAAUGAUUUGGCACGUGCCGGUUUCUAUGCUACAGGGAAAGGUGAUGGUGCUCAAUGCUUCAGCUGUGGCCUUUCGCUUAGAGGUUGGGAGGUCGGAGAUACAGCUGAAGGGGAGCACAGAAGACAUAAUCCUUACUGUACGUUUCUCAGUGGUAAAGAUACCAGAAAUGUUCCCCUUGGACUAGAGUCAAUGCAACUCAACCAAGCUACCCAACCUACUACCACUCAGAGGUCUCCUACUUUACAAUAUGAACACAGUCGACUUAGUACAUUUGCUCAUUGGCCAAGUACAGUCGUGUCUCCUGGUGAUUUGGCAGAGGCCGGAUUCUAUUAUUUGAGGGAACGAGAUGCAGUCCGGUGUUUUCAUUGUGAUGUGAGAAUUGAGCAAUGGCUUCCCGGUGACGUUCCUAUUGAAGAACACAUCAGGCGAUCGCGUGAUUGUACGUUUGCUAAAGCUGUCGCUCAAAGGAAACGUCGAUAUGACACUUACACCACACCCAAUGCAGAGGCAACAGCCAACAGUAUGAAGAGCUACGAACAAAGACAAAAAUCAUUUCGAAACUGGCCAUCCACAGCUCACGUAUCAGCUGAUAGUCUUGCCCUGGCAGGAUUUUAUUACACAGGAUCACGAGAUGGAGUCAGGUGUUUCUCAUGUGGUGGUAGUCUGAAAGGAUGGCAGCAAGGCGACUCUGCUUGGGAAGAACAUGCAAAAUUCUUUCCAUCUUGUGCACACGUUCGGCAAUAUGGCCCAUCAGUAACUCAGUCACAUGAUGAACCGUGGACACAACCAGCACAACAAACGCAAUCGACCACAUUGCCAUUAGAUUCAGAGUCUAACGAUGUGACAGACUUUGUGCAGCAAGCGACUAUUAUGGGGUUUUCAAGGGAGUUAGCACAUCGGGUUAUAAGUCAACCCAAUAAUCGUAAUUUAAGUUUUACAACAUAUGUGGAAGCACUUCUUGAAGCACAAUCGGAAGCCGAGAAAGCAAGUCUACCAGCUGCCAGUCAACUAAUGUCACCAGCUUCAUCAGUCGCCACAACACAAACAGCAGCAACAUUGUCUGGAGCUUCAACUGUCUUACAACCUACAGCACCACCAGACGUAAACGAAAGCAGUGACAUUUCACAGCAAAUACAAGAUUCUCAUUUAUGUAAGAUAUGCAUGGAAAGAGAGGUCAUAAUUCUAUUUAUGCCGUGUGCACACAUCCUGUGUUGUGAAGCGUGUGCAGCUAGUAUCCAAUAUUGUCCGAUUUGUAGAACAGCAAUUGAGAAGAAAAUUCGAUCCUACUUUGCAUAGCAGAUAAGAGUUUAUUUGUUAAGAUAUACUGUAUUUUCUCAAAUCUAUGCAAAUCUAUAGCUCUAUUUUUUUGUUGACUGUUUCAAAGAGUUGAGUGGUAUAGUGGUAUAUAUAUUGAGUGGUAUACGAGUAUAGAAGUAAGAGUAUUGAGUCUAAUAAACAAUUGUCACUGCAAGCACUUUGU